AUGGUCCAGCUCGCGGCCUUUAGCCUGGCCACCGCACUCCUUCUGGCUGUCCUCUCGCCGUUGGCCCAAACAGCCGCUCUCUCUCGUACACAGACCGCUUUGGCCUCCAGUACUUCCACCCUCCCGGCAUCACCCCCCGGUGCUACUCUUGUCCAGUACAAGAGCUGUAGCUCCUCCUCCUACACGAUCCCCAUGUUUGUCAACAAAAACUUCCCCAUCUCAGGCUCCACCUCGGCUUCCACUGUCUGGAUCGUUCAGCACGGCUCGGGACGCAACUCGAACGACUACUUCUCUUCAGUCUACAACAUUGUCCGUGACCAAGGCGUCGUGAUUGCUCCCAACUUCUACGCCAGCUCUGACACCGGUGGAUGGUUCCAGCCGACCAAGAAUCUCGCAUGGAACAGUAACGACUGGAACAAUGGCGCAGAUGCUGUCGCUCCUCAUGGUGUUUGUUCAUGCUCCUCUUACGAUGUCUACGACUCGCUCCUAGCGCUGCUCAGCAACAAGGCUAAAUUCACCAACGUCAAUCGCAUCUUUGUCGUUGCUCACUCGGCAGGAGCCAGCAUGAUGGCUAAAUACGCCAUGCUCAAACCUGACACUGGCAUCACAUACGUACUUGCCAACUCUCCUUCCAUGCCCUACUUCACCCAAGCUCGUCCCAACGUCGAUGCUGUUUCCAAAUGCGCUGCCAACUACGACAGUUGGGGAUACGGCUGGCACUCAGGAAUGCCUCGUUAUGUUGCUGCUCGCAACCCUGGAGGAGUGAAUGCUUUCCGUAACUGGGUUAGCCAGGAUAUCACACUAAUGACCGGUAGCUACGAUACCUACACUCGCGAUCCAACGGGCGACCAAAGCUGCCCAGCCCACACCCAAGGCGGUCAAAACCGUCGUGAUCGUGGCUACGCUUUCUGGGCCUACAUCAACCUUCUCGGCGGAACAUCGACCAACGUUUCGCAAUACUACGGCUACAACGAGUUGCAAAAACAAAACGUAACCAGCCUCUCCCCCACCACCUUCACAGCCAAACACUGUACCGUCCCCGGCGUUGCUCACGACAACAAAGCCAUGUUCGCCAGCGAUUGCGGUCGUGCAGCUAUACAAACUACUUCCAACCCUACUCUCGCCCUACCCACCCAAGGCAAACGAUAUACUGCCUUGAUCCGUCUGGAGAAUGUAUGCCGUUGGUUUGCCUUCAUACCCUGGCAUUGCUCCGCUUUUCGCCUUGGUUACCGUGCCUAG